CGCCUUAGCAAUUUGUAUAGCUCUUUUUUCUUUUAAUUUCAAUUUAUAAAUCGCUUUGCCUUUCUUUGAGUCAUUUUCACAAACAAAUAACAGGUGACAGCUCCUAGAUCUCUCCUCGAUACUGUGACACCAAACAGUCUUCAUUUAUCAGCUUUUUCUUUCCUUUGUAUUUGGAAUGAUUAUUAUUUCUUAAUUUUUUUUAUUGAAAGUUGAAACUUGGUAUUUGGUGUAAAGAAAAAAAAACUCUGAUUUGAACUUUCUAAGGAGAAUGGAUGGUGGAGAUGGGACGGUGAGAUUAGGAGCCUUGAAUUUGAAAGCGGGUCGAGGCUUAGAUUUGGAUCAAGAUGUCUCCGUUUCUUCGCCGGUAACCAGGCAAAAAGCUGCAGCCGCCAAACAGUUUAUUGAGAAUCAUUACAAGAACUAUUUGCAAGGAUUACAAGAUCGUAAAGAAAGACGACAAGCACUGCAAAGGAGAGCUGAGGAAGCUCAGAUUUCGAUCGAGGAACACGAGGAGAUGAUGAGGAAUUUGGAAAGGAGAGAAACUGAAUAUAUGCGGCUGCAAAGACGUAAAAUCGGAAUUGAUGAUUUCGAACAAUUGACUGUAAUUGGAAAAGGUGCAUUUGGAGAGGUCAGGUUAUGUCGUGCUAAAAGUACAGGAGAGAUUUUUGCUAUGAAGAAGUUAAAGAAAUCAGAGAUGCUUAGUCGUGGACAGGUUGAACACGUUCGAUCUGAGAGAAAUUUACUUGCUGAGGUUGAUAGCCGGUGCAUUGUAAAGAUGUUCUAUUCUUUUCAAGAUCCUGAUUUCUUGUACCUUAUUAUGGAGUAUUUGCCUGGUGGUGACAUCAUGACACUAUUGAUGAGAGAAGAUAUUCUUUCCGAAGAUGUUGCACGUUUCUAUGUAGCAGAGAGCAUUUUGGCUAUUCAUUCAAUUCACCAACACAACUAUAUUCAUAGGGACAUUAAACCAGAUAACCUGAUACUAGAUAGGAAUGGGCAUUUGAAGCUUUCAGAUUUUGGCUUAUGUAAACCCCUAGAUGAAAAGUAUUCAUCAAUUUUGUUGGAAGAUGAAGAUUUAACUUCCACGAAAUCUGCCAAUGAAGCUGCGAUCCAGUCGGGCUCUGGAAAAGCCCCUUGGUUGAUGCCAAAAGAACAACUGCAACAGUGGAAACGAAAUCGCCGUGCACUGGUUUAUUCCACUGUCGGGACUCUUGAUUACAUGGCUCCUGAAGUUCUAAUAAAGAAGGGUUAUGGAAUGGAGUGUGAUUGGUGGUCUCUGGGUGCAAUCAUGUAUGAGAUGCUCGUCGGCUAUCCUCCAUUUUGUUCUGAUGAUCCUCGGAUAACAUGCCGCAAGAUAAUUAAUUGGAGAACCUGCUUGAAAUUCCCUGAGGAACCAAAAAUAUCUGAUGAGGCUAAGCAUUUAAUUUGUCACCUGCUUUGUGAUGUUGAAACACGUCUAGGCACCAGAGGAGUAGAAGAAUUGAAGGCACAUCCAUGGUUCAGAGGUGUUCAGUGGGAAAAACUCUAUGAAAUUGAAGCUGCAUAUAAGCCAACAGUCACUGGAGACUUGGACACUCAAAAUUUUGAGAAGUUCCCUGAAAUUGACAUCCCUCCCUCCACAAUACCACAAGUGGGACCUUGGAGGAAGAUGUUGACAUCAAAAGAUACCAAUUUCAUAGGAUUUACUUUUAAGAAAUCAGAUAUCAAUAAAUCACUUGAAAGUUCAGGUAGUGACAUGAGAUCCAGUGGACUUCCAAAAGCCCCAUCUCUUAUUUCCUUGCUAGGUCAGAUGGAUCUUCAAGAAACAGUGAUACCGGAGGGUGAGCAGAAUGCAGAAGCAGGGAACUUGAAUUAGACAGAACAUUCGUUGUCUGUCUGAGCGUCGGUCCAUUUUUUUUAUCCAACGAAGAACACUCACUACGCCAAACCCCAAAGGGUUGUUAUUAUAUGAGAUAGAGUUUGUGAAGAACUGCUUCUAUGUUCAACUGGAAUGAAAUCAUCUUUACCACUGUACUUUUCUUUCUCCAAAAUGUUAUUAUUAUUAUUUUUAAAUAUAAGCUGCUACUUU